AUGAAGUAUAUCUCAGAUUCAAGCUAUUUUCUUCCUUAAAUUUAAUCAGUCCUUCAAUCACAGCAAUUAAUUAGACGUAAAAGAAAAAUCAAUUAUCCUUCAAAACCUAUCUAAAGUUAAAGUACUGUACAAUAACAAAUUAUUCGAGAACCAACCAGCAUUUCCAUAAAAACCAAAUCUUAUCACAAAAAUUAUACAUAUCAAAAAAUUUAAUUAGGAUUUUUCUCCUCAAAAAUAAAUCAUAAAAUAUAAAAAAUAAAAUAUUUAUUUCUUUUUUUUAUUUUAAAGAGCCAUUUUUAAAUUGUGUUUUUACAAAAUUUUUUAUUAAUUUUUGCAAAAAAAAUAUAAAAUUUUCAUUAGCUAAUUUUUGAAAGAAAAAAUAAUUUAUAAUUUAUUUUAAAAUUUUAGAAAUUUGAUAAGAAAGCAUUAUAUUUGAUUUAAAGUGAAUAAUUAAUUAAUUUGAUUCCUAGAAGAUAAUAAUAAGUAACAAACAUCAUUUUUUUCAUUAUAGAAUUUUUUAUUUUAAUUGACCUAAUUAAGUAUUUAGCAUCCAUAAAUUAGAAAUUUACAUUUAAAUUUUCUUUAAUCUUGCUAAGUGUAACACUAAAAAGCUCAAGCUCUUAUACUGAAUUUAAAAAAUUAGAAAGGUUCAAGGAAAAGCAGACUAAAUUAAACAAACUAAUUAAUAGGACAAAUUUAGUUAAGUUACAUGCAAAUAUUAGGUUACAAAUCCAAAAAUGA